AUGCUAGCUCUAAAAACCAGCCCUCUUUAUGAGAUCACCAGAGAGUCUGACCUGGCAUCCAUUGGGACCCAUAGCACUAGUCAUUUAGUAGCCUCCCUGGCCAUAUCUGGAUGCUCCACUCUCACUGUUCCCGUAUGGGACCAUAACAAUAUGAGACCACCACAUAAUUCUCAACCCUCUGUAGGCCCUGUCAUCCCAUCUGCCACAGAUGCUCAUACUAUCCAAGCUGGCACGACAUUGGGCCAAGACCUGGCAGCUUUUACAGGCCCUAUAAUGCCCUCUGCUUCACAUGCUUGUGAAACCGAAGCUGGAAUGUUGUUCAGCCAAGACCUAGCAGCCUCUGCAGGCCCCAUAAUGCCAUCUGCCACAGACCCUCAUGAAACUGAAGCCAGUGCAUCAUUUGGCCAAGACCCUGUAGCCCCUUCUGUCAACAAUGUUGACCUAGACAAUGGGCAUCUACUGCCACUCUCAGCAAUCUCGGUGAGAAAGGAUAUAUCUCUAUACAUUGUGCAACACACAUAA